AUGAGCGCGGCUUCUAUACUCAAUCGCGCGCUGGGCAAUGCUGCCCAGAAGCUCCGUUUCGAAGAACCCACCUCCGCCAAUGAACUAACUAGCUCAGUCUUGUCCCAUCUCCGCUCCAAUCACCUUCAAAAGGCGGUCUCCGUUCUCUUUGCCUCUCCUCACCCGGUCUCAUCUUCCCUUUACGCUCAUCUUUUCCAGCUAUGUGCUUCCCGCCGCGCAGUUGUGGAGGCCCGGAAAGUGGAGUCUCAUUUGGUUAGAUUCAACCCUAACCCGCCUAUCUUUUUGUUGAACCGUGCGAUUGAGGCCUAUGGCAAGUGCGGCUGCUUGAGCCAUGCCAUCCAGCUGUUCGAGGAAAGGCCUGAAAGAGAUGGUGGCUCUUGGAAUGCAGUCAUUAACGCCUGCCGGCAGUGCCAGAGUCCCGGCCAAGCCUUGAAUUUCUUCAAGCAUAUGAGAAUUCUCGGUUGUGCACCGAAUGAGAUCACGUUCGCAGGUGUUCUGGGGUCGUGUGGCGAUUGCUUGGCGCUUGAUUUUGUCAAGCAAACCCAUGGACUUGUGGUGAGAUAUGGGUUUUCUGGGAACGUGAUUUUGGAGACUUCGCUUGUCGAUGUUUAUGGCAAGUGUAAGGCUAUGCGAGCAGCAAGGAGGAUGUUUGAUGAGAUUGAGUUUCCUAAUGAUGUGACCUGGAAUGUCCUUGUUAGGCGGUAUCUUGAGGUUGGGGGUCAAAAGGAGGCGGUGAGUGUGUUCUCCCAGAUGUUGCAUACAGGUGCUUGGCCAUUGAGUUUUACCGUCUCUAAUGCACUCGUUGCAUGUUCAGGUAUACAUGCAAUUCAGGAGGGAAUACAGAUACAUGGAGUUGCAAUUAGGAGAGCCUUUUUCGAUGAUGAGGUGGUUUUGAGCUCUCUCGUUGACAUGUAUGUCAAGUGUGGUAGAUUGGAGAGUGCUCGAAGGGUUUUCAAUCAGCCUGGUUCGAGAGAUUUGAUUUCCUGGACUUCUAUGGUGUCAGGAUAUGCAUUGGGCGGUAAAACGAGGCAGGCUAGGGAACUUUUUGAUGAGAUGCCUGAGCGGAAUAUUUUCUCAUGGAAUGCAAUGUUGGCUGGGUAUACUCGCUCUCUCCAGUGGGAAGAUGCGUUAAAUUUUGUUUUUCUGAUGUUCAAUAAGAUUGAAGAGUUUGACCAUGUUACUACUGCACUGUUGCUCAAUCUGAGUGCUGGCCUUUCAGAUGUUGAAAUGGGGAAACAGGUGCAUUGCUUCUCUUACCGCCACGGUCUGAAUUCUGAUGUUCUUGUUGGAAAUGCUCUUCUGGACAUGUAUGGGAAAUGUGGGAACUUGAGAAGUGCUAGGAUUUGGUUUUGUCAAAUGAGCGAAGUACGGGAUGACAUUUCCUGGAACGCUUUGUUGACUAGCUAUGCGCAUCAUGGCAUGAGUGGACAAGCUGUGACAAUGUUUGGUGAGAUGCAAUGGGAAACAAAACCAAGCAAAUACACAUUUGGAGUUCUUCUUGCUGCUUGUGCAAAUAUUUCUUCUCUUGGAAGGGGCAGACAAAUUCAUGGUUUCAUAACGAGAAACAAUUAUGAUAUGGAUUUGGUGAUGACUGGAGCUUUGGUAGACAUGUACUUUAAAUGUAGCCGUCUUGAAUAUGCUGUGCUGGUCUUUAGGCAAGCGAUCUCGCGUGAUUUGAUUCUUUGGAACUCCGUUAUUUUUGGACUCUGCCGCAAUGGAAAGGGUAAGGAAGUUAUUCAAUUGUUUGAAUUUAUGCUCAGCGAAGGAGUAAGGCCAGACCAUGCCACGAUCCUUGGAGUCUUGCAAGCUUGUGUUCAUGAGGGCAACACUGAGCUUGGUCUCCAAUAUUUUGAUACAAUGAGUCAUGAUUAUUUUAUCUUACCUCGACUGGAGCACUAUGAGUGCAUAGUUGAGCUCUUAUGUCGAUAUGGAAGCACAAGCCAGCUUGAGAAUUUUCUGAAGAGGUUGCCAUUUGAUCCUACUGCUUCCAUGUUGACAAGAGUCGUUGAUGCUUGUUCAGAGUACAAGUGUUCAAGAUUAGGCGAAUGGGCCGCUCACCGGCUGAAUGAAUUCAACAAAUUGUAA